AUGCCUGACGAAUCAAAUGUGCAUGAGGAGGCAGCUUUUCAGGAUCACGUAUCGUCUAGUGAACACUCUCAGAAAGCACGUGAACGUCGACACCCCGUCGCAAUCGCAAACAACGCAGAGGGUAAAUCUUCGGCUGAAUUUUCCGAUCAAACGAUUACACAAACGACCGCAGCCGAUUCAGUUUCAGACCUGAUCGGCGGCGAAGACUAUGAGACUCCAGUUGUGCCUUACGCCAAUCUGGGCAAUCCUACGCUUUUUGAACAAGCUGAGACCAAGCAUUUCUCUUCGCAAAAGAAUAGUGACGAUAUUUCUGACACGGUUGAAACUCAUUCGAGCGCGGCCACCCAAGACAAUCCGGAUAGGAAUAGGGAGAGUUUGAUCAAAAUCAACACGUUGUCCAGCGAUAGCGGUAGUCCACCCUCUGGUGACGAGGCACAAAUGAGCACGGAAAGUACAUUCCAACAACCCAGAUCGCGAGGGGGCUACGUGGAUCAAGAGAGAAGUUCACCGAUGACAAUCAUUCCAAGUGACUCUCUCAAAACCGACGUCAGAUCAGAAAUCUUUGCGCUGGAGCACACGCAGUCCCACAGUCAAUUGGAGUCGAUCGACGCGGAGCUCAAAGCCGCAAAAGCGGCAACGGAGGUAGUGGAUGAUUCUUUAGAAGAGGAAGUCCGAGCUAUGCGAGCUGAAGGGUCGACAUCGGGUCGGCAGGCCUGUAAUCUAGAUUCUAAGCGAGUCUUCGUGACCGAUGACGCUGUCUUAGCAGAAUCGGAUGCCUCAAAUGAACUGGAGCUGCUAGAACACCCGCGUUUGGAGUUUUCGCAAAUAUGCGGCAGACCCGAAUUCGAAAAAUACGAAUUUCCGGACGAGGAGACGCGAAAAGGCGACGCGGAGGAACAAGAGAACAAGUACAAGAGAGAUGAAGUAGCAAUCAAACACAGUAUACUUGAAACAGCGGGGAGUCACAGCGAGUGGACGGAGCAAUUGAGGGACGAAACCGGCAAAUCUCUGAUCCCAAAAGAGACCGAAAAGCAGGACAACCCACACAAAGAAAACUCUGUUGUGGGGGAAGAAGCCAUGAUACCGACCAAUUCACGUAUGGAAAACGAAGAUACACAGGAAAAUUCCAAACCAUCGGAACCUGCCGUUGCUUCAGAAGCUAAGCCAUCCCUCAAAGCUGGUUCGUUCGCUAGCCAUAUCGACAAAGUAACUUACGACGAAAUGGAAAAUUCCUUUGCCGGUGCAAAUGAGCACUCCGGCGCAGUGAUAGCCCAAUCAAUGAAGCAAGACACUGUUGCCCACGAACUUCAGACUCCAUUUUGUGGUGUUUGGGGGGCGGUACAUGGGGAACGAAAGCUCGCCGAUUUGUCGGUUCUCGUUUUAUUGUUUGAAAACUUGCUUUCUGACAAGAACGACGACAACGAUGCUCGAAACGCGGCUGAAUUGGCUUUACUUGAGCGAAAAUUCGAAGAUCUUAUGGACGCGGAUUAUUUUUUGGCUGAAAGUGUGCCCUCAAGUAUUGAGAACAUUGCUGAAUCACAGGUCCCCAUGGCGAAGUCUAUCAGGAAUGAGUUUGUUGAUGGACUAGAUGACAUAGAUAAAUUUUUCGAAGACAUCGAUCCUCCGGACGAGUUGGAUGUUGGAGCUGGUGGAUCGUCUAUACAGGAAGUCCUGAUGGGACAAGGUAGUCGAAUCAUUCUUAAACGGCUAGUUAUAGCAGCUAAAGUCGUUCGAGACACCGCGGUUGAGAUUAAGAGGACGCUACUGACAAAAAUCGCGGACGACGACGGUUCGUUCAGCAUGGCGCGGAGGGAAAAACUUUACGGUAUAUUGAGGACAAUACGGAGGCUAACCCGUAAGAGCAUUGAAGCUUUUCGUCGUUUCAUUGAAGGACUCUUGGAAGGUGAUGUUUUCGAUGGAGAGGAUUUUGUCCUUGACUUCACAGUCAAUCCAAAUCCGCCCAGCGAGGCGGACGCAGACCCGGGAAAAAAAGCAUUUCGUCAGCAAUCACAGUCAAUAAACGGUCGAGCUAACUGA